AUGUCGAUGAAAAAUUGCCAUUGCCAAAUGGGAGGUUUUGCUUUGAGCACAGUGGCCUGGCUACUUUGCUGCAUAUCCAUAGGCCUCCCUCAGUGGCAAGUGUGGCACUAUGAAGAUCCUGUGAUCCUCAAGCCUACAGUGGCUUUUGUGGGUGUAUGGAGAGCCUGUGUUUUCCACACUGACAGCAACUCCAGCAACAACAGAGUAUGUCACAAAUACAACUACCGAGACUCCUUCAUUCCUUUCUAUAUUCGAGUAAACCAGCACUUGCUGCUGGUUUCUAGCUUUCUGGGGCUCUUUGGGAAAAUCACCACCAUUAUUGCUCUUUCGAAUGUGGGUAUGGGAAGAGUACGGAGGAAUGCCACCAGAAAUCCAUUCAGCCUUCCAGGGAUUCUGAAUACCAUCGUUAGCAGCUUUCUUUACUUUGCUGUUUUGUUAAAUUACAUAGCCAUCUUACGCAAAUGGGGAGUUGCCUUCCCACCAUCUUUCCAUAUGCCUUCCCAUCCAGACACUCAGAAGAUGGGCAGCGCCAUGGCUUUGGCAAUUAUAGCUGCAGUUUUCUUUCUACUAAGUGGCAUAAUUUGUCUUUCUUCAAAUUUAUUCAUAGGCAAGAUGCCCCAUCCUAAAAUUUAA